AUGUUCAAUGAGGAAGCAGACAAGUCCAAAGAGGGCAAGGCAAAAGGGGUCCAAGAUCCGCGAGGGGUCCGUGGGGCUGAGAGAGACGUCAGAGUCCAGGGGCGAUCGAGGAGUCGGGAAACGAAGAAGGCAGUCCAAAACACCGGGGAAACAACGGGAGAUCUCGAAGAGGGACGACUCAGGAAGGCACUGCGGGAGAGCAACACGGACGUCAGAAUCACGGAGGGAAAAACAACAACAGUGAGAGAGCAUAAAGCUUACGGACUGUCCGACGACCUCCAGGCCAUCAGCGAUGCUCGGAAGACCUCAGUCAUCAACGAUGAACUUGUGAGACUGCAGGUUGACAUUGCCGUACUGCAGGAGACGCGGCUUGUCGACUCUGGAACUCUCAGAGAAAAUAACUUUACGUUCUUCUGGCAAGGGAAGAGUGCAGAGGAAACCAGAGAGUAUGGCGUUGGAUUUGCUGUCCGGAACUCUCUAUUGGGAAUGAUAGAACCCUGUCAACAAGGCACAGAAAGACUGCUAUCACUCCGUCUCCACACCACCACUGGGCCCGUCAACCUGAUCAGUGUAUAUGCACCAACACUCAGCGCCACCAGGGAUACCAAGGACGAGUUCUACAGCCAGCUAGACGCUCUUAUCGACAGGAUCCCAAAAGAAGAGCACCUGAUACUGCUAGGUGACUUCAACGCCAGAGUGGGCACUGAUCACGACUCUUGGCCCUCCUGUCUUGGAAAGUUUGGUGUUGGAAAGAUGAAUGAGAAUGGGCAACGACUCCUGGAGUUUUGCUCAUACCAUGACCUCAGCAUCACCAACUCCUUCUUCCAGACAAAGCCUCAGCACAAAGUGUCUUGGAGACACCCUCGCUCCAAACACUGGCACCAGUUAGACCUGAUCAUCACCAGGCGAUCUGCGUUGAAGUGUGUCCUCCUUACCCGCUCCUUUCACAGCGCUGACUGCAAUACUGAUCACUUGCUGGUGUACUCCAAGAUGAGACUUCUGUCUAAGAAGAUCCAUCGCUCCAGGCCCCAGGGCAAAUACCGCAUAGAUGUGAGCAAGACCGCACAUCCUGACAAGGUAGCGGAAUUCACCCAAUCUCUCUCCGAGGUGCUUGACUCAGAUCCUCCUGGUGGCUCAGCCACAGAGAGAUGGGACCGCAUUAGAGAGUCUGUACACAGCACUGCCAUGAUGGUCUUUGGAAAGAAGCAGACAAAUAACAACGACAGGUUUGAGGCCAACUCCUCUAUACUCACUCCAGCCGUAGAAGAACGCCGCAGAGCUCACCUGGAAUACAAGCGAUCCCCCAGCCAGAGGACCCUGCAGGUGUACAUAUCUGCCAAGAGCAAAGUACAGAGACUAGCAAGGCAAUGUGCUAAUGAAUACUGGCUCCAGCUCUGCCAGAGCAUCCAGUUAGCGGCUGAUACUGGAAACAUCAGGGGCAUGUAA